GGAGGACGGCGCAGCGGUCAGCUGAGCGGCGCUGGGCGGGGUCGCGAGGCCGCAAGUCAGCCAGAGGCUCCCCGAGCCCGCGCCGCUGCCCCCGGCUGGUCCCCUGGUCGGCGCCCGCAUCCGGGUCCGGAGCCCUCCCCCAGCGGGCACGAUGCGGAGGAAGCAGUGAUCCCGAGAGCGGCCGGAGCGCGGGCGCGGGAUCGUGAAUACUCGAUGAGGCUGAGAACCCCAGAGGAGUUGUUUUUACUGUCGGAAAUGUGGAAGCUGGAUGCAGAGUCAGCAUCUCUAAGAGAAAACGAAACCCAGAUUCUGGUCUAGCCUCCUCCUCCAGUGAACAUUUACUGCGAGCCUGCUGUGUGCCGCUUACAAGAAUAAAAUAGAGACCUUCACUGACGUUUGACGGAAGAUAGACUGGAAUGGGAUGAUUAUAGGACUUUGCAGAGAGAGCCUAGUGCUACUGGGUACUGAGAGGAAAGAACAGUUUGUUUUACACAGGCCAUCUAUCUCAGCCGGACGUGGAACUGUCUGGUCCUGCUGCCAUGUCCCACCAACCUCUUAGCUGCCUGACUGAAAAGGGGGACAGCCCCAACGAAACCACAGGAAAUGGACCCCCCAACCUGGCUCACCCAAACCUGGACACAUUCACUCCAGAGGAGCUGCUGCAGCAGAUGAAGGAGCUCCUGAUUGAGAACCAUCAGCUCAAAGAAGCCAUGAAGCUAAAUAAUCAGGCGAUGAAAGGGCGAUUUGAAGAGCUUUCAGCCUGGACAGAGAAACAGAAGGAAGAACGCCUUUUUUUUGAGAUACAGAGCAAAGAAGCCAAGGAGCGCCUCAUGGCUUUGAGUCAUGAAAAUGAAAAAUUGAAGGAAGAACUUGAAAAACUAAAAGGGAAGACAGAAAAGUCCCUUGAGGACCCCACUGGGGAUUCCAGAGUCCCCAGGGCAGAAGCAGACCAGGAACUGGAACAGCUGAAGACCCAGGUGGCCUAUCUCCAAGCUGAAAAGGCAGAUCUGCUGGGGAUUGUGUCAGAACUCCAGCUCAAGCUGAACUCGGGCGGCCCCCCUGAAGACUCCUUUGUUGAAAUCAGGAUAGCUGAAGGAGAAGCAGAUGUGGCGGUGAGAGAAAUCAAGACGAGUCCUGGGCCCGCAAGAACUGAUUCCAUUGACACGAACAAAUCUACAGAAAGCUCCAGGAAUUAUUUGGAAUUUGAGAAAUUAACUGUGAGCCAGCUCCUUCUUUGUCUAAGGGAAGAAAGCCAGAAGGCGGAGAAGCUUGAAACUGCACUCAAGGAAGCCAACAAAAGAGUUUCCUAUUUUGAAAAGAAAGCCAGUGAUCGUUCUGAGGUUGAGACCCAGACAGAGGGGAGCACAGAAAAAGAGAAAGAAGAGGAAAAAGGCCCAGAAACUGUUGGAAGUGAAGUGGAGACGUUGAACCUUCAGGUGACAACUCUGUUUAAGGAGCUUCAAGAGGCUCAUACAAAACUCAAUGAGGCUGAGCUGAUGAAGAAGAGACUUCAAGAGAAAUGUCAGGCCCUUGAAAGGAAAAAUUCUGCAACCCCAUCAGAGCUGAAUGAAAAGCAAGAGCUUGUUUAUAACAACAAAAAGUUGGAGCUACAAGUGGAAAGCAUGCGAUCAGAAAUCAAAAUGGAGCAAGCCAAAACCGAAGAGGAAAAGUCCAAGUUAGCCACUCUCCAGUUGACACAUAACAAGCUUCUUCAAGAAUACAAUAAUUCAUUGAAAUCACUCGAGGAACUGAAAAGGAAAGAGUCAGAAAAAGUGGAUAAGGUGGUACUACAAGAACUAAGUGAAAAGCUGGAACUGGCAGAGAAGGCCCUGGCUUCCAAGCAGCUUCAGAUGGAUGAGAUGAAGCAGACCAUCGCCAAGCAGGAGGAGGACCUGGAAACCAUGACUAUUCUUCGGGCUCAGAUGGAGGUUUACUGUUCGGACUUCCAUGCUGAAAGAGCAGCAAGAGAGAAGAUACACGAAGAAAAGGAGCAACUGGCCCUGCAGCUGGCAAUCCUGCUGAAAGAGAAUAAUGCUUUUGAAGAUGGAGGCAGCAGGCAGUCCUUGAUGGAGAUGCAGAGCCGUCAUGGGGCGAGAACCAGUGACCCCGACCAGCAGGCCUACCUCGUUCAGAGAGGAGCUGAGGACAGAAACUGGCGGCAGCAGCAACAGCGGAAUAUUCCAAUUCAUUCCUGCCCCAAAUGUGGAGAAGUUCUGCCCGACAUAGACACACUCCAGAUCCAUGUUAUGGACUGCAUCAUUUAAGUGUUCACAUCUCACUUCCCCCCAAACUGUUGGUAAAUAUCAGAUUUUUUUCCUCCAAGAGUUGUGCUUUUGUGUUGUUUGUUUUCAUGCAAACAUUUGCCUCAUUAUGUUUAUUUUAGGAGAAAGAAAAUAUGUUCUAAGUGGGACAUUUUCUGUGGAUUUCCUUAGAAUCCUGAACAUACCGCUUUUCUGAUAAUAGAUUCUUUUUUUUUCCUUUUUUUUUUUUUAAUGUUCCAUGUAUGUGGGCUGAACUGUUCAUGCAGUUAAUGAGCAUGUGACAUCAUGGGACAGAGUAAAUAUAACCGAAGGAAGAGGCCUCACAGAUCAACUCUGAGAAUCUUUUAAGGAGGCAGGAAAAAUGAAGUGGUCACAGAUUUAAUCAAGAAAAGUAUCUUUGGAGUUUUUUUUUAAAUAAAUUAUAUUGUUAUUUUUCUUCAUCCAUUUAAGACACGUCUAUAUGAGGUUGUGUGUAUGUUAUAGUUUUAUUGCUGCUGCAGUAAUUGUACCAAAGUUGUGAUGGGCCUGUUUUCAUACGAGUGCUGUGGGCUUUUACUUAAUCAUUGGGACAAGUGAAAACAUACUGGCGUACACGAGGAACAUACAUUAGGUUC